AUCUAGAUUCACGUCGGAGAGAGCGCGCUCGCCCGUCCACGGCCGCGCUGCCUUCGGUGUGGCGACGAAGAGGACCCGAGUCGGAGAGGAGAAGGAGGACUCGCGGUGACGAAGAAGUUCUCGAAGAGGAAGAACGAGAGGCGGCGGAGGAAAAGACCCGGGGGCUCCCCCGACGACGACGUUACGGUCUCUCGACGACGAUGCGCCUCGUCCACGUGUUACGCAACGUGUGAACGCACACCUCGGCUCCUCAGCGUCGCUACUGCGGGUAAUCGCGGGAACGGAGAGGACCCGAUGACGAUGCGUCGCCUCGAUAAAUUCAGGAGGUUAUGAGAGCGCAUUCUUCCCGAUCAUCAUCAUCGUCGCUUGAAAAUUGACGCGGGUUCAAUUAACCCUCGAGGAUAAUUCCCCACGUUACGUGACAAAGACACUUUUCCCGACAAAGACACUGCUCACGAGCGAACGGAACAAAAGUGAUAUGAUGAAACUGAAAAGUAAUGGCGGUGAUUCUUUUCCGUCACUUGCUGACUGACAGUUCUUGCGUACUUUGACGUUUAAUAAGGUGAUGCAAAAAUACGGAAAGAAAAUUCUUUCUAGAAUGAAAUUAUAUAUAUAUAUAUAUAUAUAUAUAUAUAUAAAUAUAUAUAAAUCGCAAAAAAAAGGGGAAUAAAAAGACUGACGAUUGUUUUCUACCAGCCGUUCUAAUAUCUGACGCAAUGAAGUGUGCAACAGAAAAAACCCCAUUCGCGACCAAAUUCACUCGAUAGCGAUACGAGGAGACCUCUCUAUAUAUAUAUACAUACACGUAAACGAGAGACUCUCCGUCUCUCUCGCACCGAGUGUUUACGAUUAUCCGUGAGCCACUGCGGCGCCAUUUUAAAUUCUCGCGAGCGAACGACGUGACGUUAGCCACGAGGGGAGAAGAUAUAAGCGAAGUGGUGCGUAUAUAUCAAGUGUGCGUUCGGACCCCUUUCCCCUUUGCCGCCCCGCGCGAAUCGUGCGUGCGUGCAUCGUUUUUUGAUUUGAGUGGCGAGAGAUUCUCGCGCGUGUACAUAUAUAUAAAUAUAAAUGGCGGCUGACGAACGAUGGUACUUUACGAGAGAGCAGCUUGCAAACACGCCGAGCAGGAGACACGGCAUCGAUGCGGACAAGGAGCUGAGUUAUCGCCAGCAAGCGGCGAAUUUCAUCCAGGAUAUGGGCCAGAGACUCGUUGUAUCACAAUUAUGUAUCAACACAGCUAUAGUCUACAUGCACAGGUUUUAUGUAUUUCAUUCGCUGACCCAGUUCCACAGAAAUUCUAUGGCUGUGGCAGCACUUUUCUUAGCAGCAAAGGUAGAAGAACAGCCACGAAAGUUAGAACAUGUCAUAAAAAUUGCAUAUACGUGUCUUCACAGAGAAGCCUCACAACCUGACCCCAGAUCAGAACAAUUUCUUGAGCAGGCCCAAGAUCUGGUGUUCAAUGAGAAUGUACUUCUACAGACUUUAGGAUUUGAUGUCGCAAUAGAUCAUCCGCAUACACAUGUAGUUAGGUGCUGUCAACUAGUGAAAGCAAGCAAAGACUUAGCUCAAACGUCGUACUUCAUGGCGUCCAACAGUUUACAUUUGACGACAAUGUGUCUGCAAUAUAAGCCCACAGUUGUCGCCUGCUUUUGCAUCCACCUCGCAUGCAAGUGGUCCAAUUGGGAGAUACCUCAAAGUACUGAAGGAAGACAAUGGUUCUGGUACGUAGACAAAACCGUGACGGGGGAUUUACUUCAAGAGCUCACGGACGAGUUCCUACACAUAUUCGACAAAUGUCCAUCGAGACUGAAGAGAAAGAUCAUGAGCAUUUCCGCGAAUCAGAGUCCGACCGUUCAUCAUCCGAGUCUCCCGAAUUCGCCAUUUUUGAAAUAUCAAUGGGAAGAUUCUAACUUGUUUCCCCUUCCUGGACAGGACGCCGAGCCGCGCAGGACAAUACAAUCGCCGGCGGACAAUCCCGGCGCCGCCACCGUCGCCCACCUGAUGCGCUUUCACUCCAUGGAAGGCGUUCCCGGUCCGUCCGGCAUGGCUCACUCGAGCCGGUCUCACCAUACGACGACGGACAGCGUCGCUUCGAGCUCGACGGCGACCUCGAGUCGCUCACAUCACGUCUCCUCGGAGGGCGCCGUCGCCCACUCGAGUCGCUCCCACCACGUCUCCUCGGACGGCGCCGUCGCCCACUCGAGUCGCUCCCACCACCAGGAGAAGCAGGACGAGAAAAAGGCGGUCCCGGGGCCGUCGACGUCCAGGACGGCGAUGGAUUAUCGGGAGUACCGCGAGAAGAAAGAGCGCGAGCGUCUGGAGAGAGAGAAGGCUGCAGCCGCAGCGGCCGCUGCGGCUGCGAUCGGGUGCCACAUCCCCGAUCCCGGCAAGCCUCCUCAUCACUCGCACCAUCACAAACCCAUGCCAAGCGUGUCGAGCAAGCAUCAGAUGCCGGUGCAGAAGGGCACAGGGGGUCUCCAUCACAAUCAUCAUCAUCGGUCGGACCUGAAGGUCGGCCAGCCGGUACCGCAGAGGCACUCGACCAGCGGGUCUCAUCCCAGAGACCCCAAUCGACAACGACUCUCCCGAGAGCACAACAUCGCUCAUUCCUCGUCGCACGCUCACGUGAACCUGGACGGCUCGGCCGAGUCCCACCGAUCCGACACCGCGCAGGACUCCUUGGGCUACGGCGGCUUGCCGGAGAAGCUGAGCAACAACAACCACAGCGGGCACAGACUGAACGCGAUGGACGGGAAGCACCAGGCGCACGACAAGCGGCUGUACCGCGGGGAGGAUCCGCGGCUCAAGUCCGCCAAGUACGCGGACAUGAGCAGGAUGGAGAAUCAGCGACGGAAGACGGAGGAGCAGCGGUGCGAGGAGGUGCGGAAGCUGAUCGAGAAGCCGCUGCCGCCGCCGAAGCAGGCGGAUAUGCCGUACCUGAUAAACGCCCAGAAACAACAGCAGCAGCAGGCGCAUCACUCGAAAGGCUACAAUCAGCAGCAGGACAAGAGCGGCUCGUCAUUCGAUGCGAAGCAUUUGGCGGCGAUCUCUCAAGACGCGUCGCCGAGCGCGGUGAGCCAGCAGAAGUCGGCCGCGUCGGCCAAGACGCAGCUGUACAACCAGCACACCGUCCAGGGCGUGUCCCAGAUUCUCAAGGACACCAUCAAGAACGGUAGUUCCCAGUCCUGCCUGAAUCUGAACAACGUGGACGACCAGAAGCCGGAGAAGCGACCACCGCGAACCGCGGCGCCGGGGCACGAGGAGAAUCUCGUCGAGAAAAAUUCCGUCGACGUGCACACCCCGCCGCCGCCUCCAGGCAAGCAUAGAUCGCUCUUCAGCCCGGAGACGCCGACCAGCCGGGAGCCGCAGCCCGGUGCGAGGCCGACCAAGUCGAAGCAGAAGACCCUGCUGUCCGCGAGCGCGGCGAAGCUGAAGGAACGCGCGUCGCCGUUCGCGAACUCCCCAGGUGCCCAGGACGCGUCGGCGAUGAAGCGGUCGGCCUCCAGCGAUGGCAUGUCGACUUUCGCGUCCCACAAUAAGAGGGCCCGCACGUCGAGCAGCGGCGAGACCGCGGUCGAGCUGAAGAUAAAGACCGAGAUUAAGCAGGAGGAGAGUUUGGAGGCGAUGAAGAUGCUGGGUCGCGUGCCCGAUCUGAUCCAGCCCAUCCGGGACGGCAAUAAUCCAUCGAGCAACAGAAACGGCGCCGGUGCUGCACCGUCCUCGUCCGUCGUCAACGAUCUGAAGCCGCCGCCGGAGCUCAUCAAGCCUUUCGACUCGGACCAGCCGCGCUUCAACGCGAUUCCGUCGCAGACGCACAAGGUCACCGCCGUCACGCUGAACGGGAUAGACUUGAACUCGAUCAAGCAAGAGUUCCCGGAAUAUCGCGUGAAGAGAGAGCCUCUGGAGCAGCAUUACAUCAAGAAGGAACCGGGAUCCGUGCAGAGACCGUCCGAAUUAUCGCUGAACUCUCAGUUGCAGCCGAAGUUCGAGUUCUCGUCCCCGAUCAAGUCCGCGCAGAGUAUAAGCGCGCUUCUUCAGCAACCCCUACCGCAGAUGCCGUCGCUCUUGCAAGGUCUGCCGCAGCUCGACAGUCAGAUACCUUCUCAGGUGCACCAGGAGCAGCAGCAGCAGUUGCAGUCUAUCCAUCACCAGCUGCCGGCGACGACUCCUUGUUUAGUGAUGCCGACCGUGAGCGACAGUUUCACCUCGAUAGCCUCGACAGUCGACAUCAGCAUUCUCUCCGACGGGGUGUCGAUGAUACUGCCGAACAGCAGCAGUAUCCCUGAAGUAGCGACGUCGGUGGUCGCUUCGAGUUCGGUUCACGCCCCGAUGACGGUCGCCGCGGUGGAGGAGAAGCGGUCCGAGCACCACAAAAGCGAGAAGAAGAAGAAGAAGGAGAAGCACAAGCACAAGGACAAGGAAAAGAGUAAGGAGAAGCACAAGCAUAAACACAAGGAUAAGGACAAGGAGCGGCAUCGGGAGAAGAAGGAGAGGAGCGAGGAGGUCGCCGCGACGGCGGCGGCGCCCAUCAAGAUCACGAUUCCCAAGGACAAGCUGAACCUGAGCACGGAUACCUCACCGAGCGUUCUCGGCGGCGCGAGCUCCUCCUCGGAACAGAACAAGAACAUAUCGCCGCAAGGCACGGGUCUGAAGAUCAAGAUACCCAAGGAGCGGCUGAAGGGCACCGACAGCGUGUCCAGCUCGCCCGCGCAGCAGGUUCAGGGCUCCCUGAAGAUCAAGAUCCGUACCGACGGGAUCUCCAGGAGUUCCGUGCCGCCGCCGGCCUCAUCCUCGACGAACGGUUCCGGCCAGUUCUCCAGCGAGACGACGUCCGUGAACGAGAUGACGACCCGGAAGCGCGGCCUCGAGGUACAUUUGUCCGGCGACGGUCUGAUACCUGGCAGCGGCGAUUCCUCGUUGCUGAAGAAGCUGACGGUACCCGGGACCAGCUACGGCCAGAGCCACCGACCACCCGGGGAACGGCAAAACGGCAGACAUUAUAACUCCGGCAGCAAUAAUAAGGAAAGACACACGUCCAGCCAUCACAAAAACGCCAGCAAGCAGCUAUCGCAGCAGUUUCAUGCAACGUAGUAUGCAGUUGGACUGAAAAAAAAUAAGGAAGUGUCACGAGUUAGUUUGUAUCCCGUUGCCGAAGAGGAAGGAGCGAACUUUGAAGCUUCCGGCGAAAAUUUGUUUGAACGGAGGCAGAAAAUACCUACUAGCGAUAUCUCUUGGAAAUAUAUUUGAAUAAUCCGGGAAAUAUUGCCUGAUGCCAUCGAUCAUAGCCUCAAUAAGGAUUAUCUCUUCACUCGCGUUUUUCUUCCUCGUCUUCUUGAUUCUUUUAUCUUUUUUUCUUUCUCCAAGUUCAGUAUUGCGCAAUAAUCUUCAAAUAUUUCACAUUUUAGCUGAAGCUAUAAGCUUGAAACCUUUUAGCUGAUAGCUUCAGCUAUAAUUAUGAAUUACAUUCGAAAUUUUUUCUUCUCUUUAAUUCGAAUCUUUUACUUCAGUUAGUUCAGUUAUUUUUUCUAAAAUAGCUUCUUUCAAGCUGAAGCUAUAAGCUAAAAGAUUUCAAGCUUAUAGCUUCAGCUUGAAAGAAGCUAUUUUUAGAGAAAAUAAUGACACUAACUGAAGUAAAAAAUUCGAAUUGGAGGGAAGAAAAAAUUUCAAAUGUAAAUCAUGAUUGCGAACAUAAUCUUUUAUAGCUGAAGCUAUAAGUUAAAAGGUUUUAAGCUUAUAGCUUCAGCUUGAAAGAAGCUAUUUUUAGAGAAAAUGAUGACACUAACUGAAGUAAAAAAUUUGAAUUAGAGGGAAGAAAAAAUUCCAGAUAUAAAUAAUGAUUGCGAACAUAAUCUUUUAUAGCUAAAGCUAUCUUAAAAUCUUUUAGCUUUUUUUUUUAAAGAAGCUAUUUUUAGAGAAAAUGAUGACACUAACUGAAGUAAAAAAUUCGAAUUUGAGGGAAGAAAAAAUUCCAGAUGUAAUUCAUGAUUGCGAACAUAAUCCUUUGAUUCACUUGUCUCUUCCAUUCGCAUAAUUCGAAUUUUGUUGCAAUCAAGUGCUGAAUCUUAAACGAAGGUGAUCCUUGUUGAUGAUUGUGAUCGAUGUUCCACCGCUUGUGUCCUAAAUGAGAACUAGUUAUUAAUAACGUGAUAAUUAUUGGCGGACUUAUUGUCGAUUGUAAAUAUUGAUGUUGAACACUUCGAUAUUUUCUUAGUGCGAGUUGAUUCGAGAGGUAUUUAAUUUUAUAUAUUUGUUUUUCCAUCUCUCCCUCUCUUUAAUUUACAAAUAAUCGAUAAAAUUGUCAUCUACAAACAUCAUCUGCAGUUGUUAAAUUUUUACAAAGAAAAAUUGACACUGAACUUGUAUUGCUAAAUAAAAGAAUAUGGAAGAAAUAUUCUUACUAACUCGCACAAAAAUAGCGAAGUGUCGAGUCGAUAGAAAGCAAUUGAUUAAUAUAGUGAUUGAUAAAACUGAGGAGUGGACUGUAGAUUAUUUCGGACACGAUAGAGAAUUUUGAAGGUAGACUUGAGACGAGAUUUCAGUGAAGACAGAAUCUUGAUAAUGAAAAAAAAAAAAAAAACGAAAAUAAUUACGAUAAAAAUUAUUUUUAUAUUCUUUCUUCGCACUAUUUCGUCGUCUAAUUAGAUAAUUAUCGCCGAAUAUUCUUGGCUUGUAAAUUGAUCGCCAAACUGUUGGUUGAUUUGUUGCAGAAGAAAAUUUUGCAAUUAAUUUUCUAAGCUUAAUUUAUAGCUAUGUCCAAUGAAAAUUUUCAAGUAUAUUAUAUAGCAACAACUCUCCCCGAGACGCGACUCGAGUCGCUCGAUUCGGGUUAGAUAGGAAAAUUACACUUUUGCAUCGCUGGGCUCUUAU